CAUCAUCUGCUAUUAAAGGUGCUAUUCAGCUGGGAAUAGGAUACACGGUGGGUAAUCUCACUUCCAAGCCAGACCGAGAUGUUCUCAUGCAAGACUUUUACGUGGUGGAAAGUGUGUUUCUACCCAGCGAAGGGAGCAAUCUCACCCCGGCCCAUCAUUAUCCAGACUUCAGAUUCAAGACAUACGCUCCGCUAGCCUUCCGAUACUUCAGAGAACUUUUUGGUAUCAAGCCUGAUGAUUACUUGAAUUUAAACCAGAACCCAAGGACUCUUUUGCCCAAAUUCUACGGGCUGUACUGCAUGCAGUCCGGAGGCAUCAACAUCAGGAUCGUGGUAAUGAACAAUGUCUUGCCGUGCGCCAUGAGGAUGCACUACACGUACGACCUGAAGGGCUCCACCUACAAACGAAGAGCUUCGCGGAAGGAGAGAGAGAAGUCAAACCCCACGUUCAAGGACUUGGAUUUCCUGCAGGACAUGCACGAGGGCCUGUAUUUUGAUACGGAGAUGUACAAUGCGCUGAUGAAAACGCUUCAGAGAGACUGCCGGGUGCUGGAGAGCUUCAAGAUCAUGGACUAUAGCCUUCUGCUGGGAAUCCACAUCUUGGACCAUUCUCUCAAAGACAAAGAGGAGGACACCUCACAAAAUGUGCCUGAUGCUAAGCGGCCAGCAAUGCAGAAGGUCCUCUACUCAACAGCGAUGGAAUCCAUCCAGGGUUCAGGGAAAUCGGGAGAUGGGAUUAUCACGGAGAACCCAGACACGAUGGGAGGUAUCCCAGCUAAAAGCCAUAAAGGAGAAAAGCUGCUUUUAUUUAUGGGCAUCAUUGAUAUCCUGCAGUCAUACAGGUUAAUGAAGAAGCUUGAACAUUCCUGGAAAGCCCUUGUUUAUGAUGGGGACACUGUUUCAGUUCACAGACCAAGUUUUUAUGCAGACAGAUUUCUAAAGUUUAUGAAUUCCAGAGUUUUCAAGAAAAUUCAAGCUUUGAAGUCCUCGCCUUCUAAGAAACGGUGCAAUUCCAUCGCUGCCCUGAAGGCAUCCUCACAGGAGAUAGUGUCGUCCAUCAGCCAGGAAUGGAAGGACGAGAAGCGCGACUUGCUGACUGAAGGGCAGAGUUUUAGCAGCCUGGAUGAAGAAGCGCUAGGAUCCCGACACCGGCCAGACCUGGUGCCCAGCACCCCGUCGCUGUUCGAAGCUGCUUCCUUGGCGACCACAAUUUCAUCCUCUUCCUUGUACACCGGUGAACAUUAUCCACACGACAGGCCUACGCUUUAUUCAAACAGCAAAGGGUUACCUUCGAGCUCAACAUUUGUCUCGGAGGAGGGGACCAUCUACCUAACCUCUGAGCCAGACGCUCCGGAAACGCAGGACGAUAACGACUCGGUGCUAGACGUCUACUUGUAAGCCAACAUGGUGAACACCUAAGCAGAUGGUGAGACGUGGACACCGUGUGGGAGAGAAGUGUCUCCACUCCAGAAUCCCCACAGGAACUUGGCCGAGCCCACCACCCACAGAGUCCUACUCUGCUGGAAUGACACGUUUGCGAGACAGCAGGGGAGCCGUGGCCCAGGGACCGGUCAGCACAUAGGGUGUGUAAAGACCACACAACUUGUUGUUGCUUGCUGAACUGCGAAGAACUGCAUGAACCGUAUCUAAGCUGCUUUCUAUACCAUUGCCAAUUCCCUUUUUUUGGACUUGGAAGUACUGUUUUCUUAUUGACUCUUGUGUUAGUUCAUUUUGCAUGUAGCCAGUGAUUAUACAUAAGCACCAUAGGUAAUCUGCUUAUUUUUUGGAAAAAAUCCAUCCAUACAAAAUGGUGAAUAAAGUGUUGAUUCUGCUCUUUUUUGCCAAAUUAUAAUCAUAGCCCAUGCCACUUAAAGCUUAAAUUGGUUUCCUGUAAAGAUCAGCGUCAUAGGUCUGCAUAUACUUUAUAGAAAGCUAGCUUCUAUAAAGAUUUUUUCACUGUUUACUAGUGAAAUGAGCAAAGCAAAGUUAUUUAUAAAAGGCCUUAUGUCGUGUACAUAUAUUGUCUUUGAAAUAUUUGAUUUAGUUUAUUGCCUGUAAAAGAGAAAAUAUAUA